UUAUGUUAUCAUGAUCUUAUGUUGACUUGGGUUGAGGACGUCAGUCUGAGUCUUAGAUCAAGUCCAGUUAACUCAAGCCCUAUUAUAAAACAAUAUUAAAGAGGAUAACAUUGAUUGGAAAAUAUAUGUUGGAAAAGGAACAGAUUCAGCAAAAAUUAUGACAUUUAUGAUGACAACAUUUAAUAGAUCUAUAUCUGACGUUGUUUCUAGAUCUAGUAUGCCCAAUGUUAUAACACAUAGUUUUCUAAGAACAUAGAAGAGUGAAAAGAAAUAAUGACUGGCUUAAGUACAGUUUUCGCUCUUCAAAAGCUAAAGGAUGAAAUUGAUGAACUUUUGUUAGAGCAAGAGAAAAUAUUAGCAAGCCGGAGAUGGCAGAGGUUUAUGUCGCUGCUUGUGAGCCGGUCAUCAUUGUACACACCAGUCUCAGCCAUGGUUAUUCUGUCUAUGGCUGUGGCUUGUCUUGUGGCUGCUUCUAUGGAAGAUGUUGACAAGUUUUCAUCAGGAAGUAGAACUUGGCUUGUUGUAGAGGCUCUGUUUCUAAUACUGUCAUUCAUGUUCAACAUGUUACUCAUUGGACUCAGAAUCAAACGACAAGAUGCAAAUGAGAUUGGGCUAAAAAGGAAAUUUUUAUCAGUUCUACAAGAGGCAAUCAUCCAACACAACUUUGAUGAUGACUGUUACCCACAUCUCCACACUCCGAUGUCCCCGUGCAUAUCCUUACAAUGGUGCUGUCGUGAUAACAAACUUGUCAAUCUACCCAAUCCCCUGCUUGUCUCUGGUGACGUGAUUGUCAUGAGACCAGGACAUCCAGCUCCAGGGCACUGUCAAUCUUUAGAGGAUGACAUAGUUUUACAAGAGGGAGAAAUCUAUUUUACUGAUCCGCAGCCAGAGAAAGGAGAAGGACCACAACCCCGAAAACCUCUCAGCACUAAGAAAUUUGUGUUAAAGGAAACACCAAUCACGAACAACUUCAGAUGUAUGUUACAAGAAAAUUUCAGCAAACAGUUAAGUUUUUUAGAAAAUGAGCGCUAUACUAUUUGCACUGUCUGGUUAGAGAGAAGAAUUUUGCCUCUGACUUUGAUACUUUUUUUAGUGAUCAACAUAUUCAGACAUAUUUACAUUGACAGACAUGGUGGCCAUUGGACAGAGAUGUUAUUGAUACUACAGAUACAUGGAAGCUUUCCACUUUUGCCAAUUUUAUUACCCUUUUUUUGGACUGUUGUCAAUACAAUUGGUCAAUCUCACAUCUUUGCUGUACAUGACAUUUAUCGUUCACUUAAGGACUUCAAAGAUUCUUCAGAAAGUUUAGGUAGCUGCAGCAACAUUACAGUCAAGAAUGCUGACAUUAAUAUUAACCGACUUGAAAUUUUCAAAAGAUCUUGGAAGAUGUUCUGGGGAAAUAAACCCAAUAUAUGUCCAAAUUUUGAAAUGCUUCAUGCUUUGGGCAAUGUCACGGCUCUGUGCUGUGUGGACAAGAAGGGAAUCCUUUCCUGGCCAAAUCCGUCAGCAGAGAAAGUUUUCUUUUUCUCUUCAGCCACAAAACAAAAACCCCUGGAAGAUGAGGAUGAAGACAAAACUGGAAAGAUUGACAAAAAGACAAAGAAACGUAAAGGUCGACACAAGCUCAACUCAGAUAGUGAUCCUUCAUCUAAUAUUGAAGUUCUAGAUAUGACACAUGAUACAGCCAAAUUAAGGGAUGCUUUUGGUGUUUCUUUUGAUGACCCCAAUUGGAAGGACCAUCUCCCAGCUUUGAAACCUCUGGGUUUGAGUAUUUUACUGAACACGUGCAGUCCCAAAACAACAGAAUGGUAUACUCAAUUCACUGAUCAUGUUUCUUGUGCAGCCAGAGAAAAGAAAGACACAGUGGCUGUUGUUAACAGAAGAUGUCUUUGCCUCCUGCCUCGGGAAAUCGGCUUUAUGUAUGACGCUGUAAAUAUUUUUACACAUGAGGCAACCUUAGGUGUUUACCGUCAAGUGCCUCAUGAAGAAGCUGAAAGAGAAAAACAAAAUAGAGCUCGUUCUUUUAUCCAACAUAAAAUUCCCAUGCCUAAUCAAGUGUCAGUGGUUGUUAAAGACAAGCUCACAGGUAUGUGCCAGCUGAUGACCCAGGGUACAGGAGAUUUAGUUUUAGACUGCUGUACUGAUGCCUGGAAUGGAACUGAUCUGCAAACAUUAACAGAAAUAGACCGGAAAAAAGUUUUGGAUUUCUAUCAUCGCAACUCUAUGAUUGCUUACUGUACAGCUUUUGCAUAUAAACCUUUGCCUAAGUCAAUUGACCACUGGUCAAGUGAUGUGUACACUGAGCUUAUGGAGAGUCCAAGCACAACCAAAGUAGCUCACGGUGAAGAUGCUGGAGUUUUCAUGGAUGGGGAGGAUGAGGUCACUGGACACCAGAGGUCACAUAGUGUAGACUCCCUUCUGGAUAUUAGCCCCAGCUCCUCAAUGGAAGAACUUGGCAUUGGUCAGAUGAUUCAGUCUCAUCAAACAUUCAUUGGCAUGGUCUCUUUACAGUAUCAAGCUAGGCAGGACUUUGUUCAAUUAAUAGAUAAAUUGGAGUCUGCUUGCAUUAGAUUUGUGCAUUUCUCUAAGGAAAAUGAAGUUCGAAGUCGAGUUUUUGCUGAAAAAAUGGGCUUAGAAGCAGGAUGGAACUGUCAUGUAUCCCUAAUGGCUACUGAGUCACUAGCCUCUCAGAAUUCUUCUAGCAGAAAUUUGUCUUGCCUGGGCAAUAGCCAGCCUUCAGGGGGUGGAGAUGGAGACAAAGUGGGGCAGACACUGGGAAGUAACUCUACUAGUUUAGUUAGAGCCAAAGAGGCAGCUUCUAUACUCACUAACUAUAACAGUGUUUCUCGUACUUGGAGUGCACCCAGCUUUGUCAAUACUCAGGAAGUUCAGGUGAAGUUUGCCAAAGACACUCUCCCCAUCGUGUUAGAUGACUCUGUGAAAGAAGACAGCAUAUUAUUAACUGAUGUGGGAAUGUCUAUAUACAACAAUGCAGAAUCAACACUCCCUGAUUGUCUCAAUCAGAACAGGUCUGACAAGCAUUAUGAGAGUGAUAGUGAUGAUGGUGAAAAGCACCCCCUGGUUUCACGCAAAGGCCAGAGGACAUGGGCAGAGUCAGAUUUGGAGGAUGAUGAUGAGGAUGAAGAUUUUGAUGUUCAGUCAGACAGUCGCUACACAUCCAGUUAUGUUACAGAGUUUACUGAGGACAGUCUGACAGGAGCACUGGACAAUAGGCCCAAACAUUUUGCAGCACUGAAUGAAGCAGCUCCAAGUUGCCACUGGAGGGCUGAGUUUAAAGGAGAGGCUCACCUCCCAAGAGGUAUAGAGAACAUACGGCCACAUCUCAAGAAUGUUGACAAUGUUCCUUUGUUGGUGAAUCUCUUCACUGAUUGUGUGCCAGAAGCUACUUGUGAGAUGAUUCAAAUCAUGCAAGAAAAUGGGGAAGUGGCCUUGGUCUUAGGAAGCUCUCUCAAUAUAGUCAACACUGCAGUAUUUAGACAAGCAGAUUGUAGUAUCGCUAUAGAACCACUAUUUCCACAACUUUGUGCCAGACAGCCUGUAACCUCUAACCCAUGGAACGAUGGUGGGUACUCUCCAGUUGAACUAGCUUCAAGGCUCCUGUCCCUCCCCUGUCAUCUGUUCUUUCACAGAGAAGAUAAUAUUAAACUAAUACAGCUCAUUAUGGAGUCCAGACACUAUGUAUUCGCCUUGAGAAAUUGUUUCUACCUGAUGCUGUCUUGUAUGUUAGCUGUGUCACUUGCUCAGCUUGUGGGCAGUCUGGCCCUCUUACCUCCCAUUAUGGCUGUCCAACAGAUACUCUGGGUGGUGCUUUUUGUCAUUCCUUCCUUGAGUCUUUCACUUCUGGGCAAUCCCAAUGAGGCCAGAACUAUGACUUCAGCCACACAAAAAAAUAUAGAUCAUAUAAAUAAACAGAUGGUGCUUGAAUUUAUAGUUCAGUUCUGUAUACGAUUCCUUCCAUCAAUUAUUGUAGCAGUUGUUAGUUUUGGUUUGGUUCUCUUCUCCUUCUGUAAAAAUUCCCUCCAUACUCAAUGUUCAUUGUAUGAUCAAAGUACAUAUCUUGUUAAUAAUGGGACAUCUGUUUACGGAUCUUGGAGUGAAAAAUUUCAAGGGGGUAUUGUGUUGGCCCAGAAUAUCUUUCACCUUUACUUUGUGAUAUUCCUAGUUGUUAUUUCUAUGAGCUUGGUCCACUGGCAGGAUCAUCUGUGGCAGAGGUUACCUUUUAAAAAUGUCAUCUGGUCCAUCACAGCUGGAAUUAUACUGUUUUCCCAAGUGCUGUUCUGUCUAGCUGACGUCUAUGUCAGACACACAAUGUUUGGUUCCUCGCUGCCACUCUCUGAUGUUGUGCCAGCUGUCUGGGUUUUAGGAUGUAUUUGGCCUCUCUUCAUCGUGGCCAUCAAUGAGCUGGCCAAAAAGAGGGAAAUUAAGCUUGCUGUACGACGACAGAGACGAGCACGUCUUGAUUUUGAUACUAAGCUGGGAAUGAACUCACCAUUUUAAAAUGAGCACAACAUGUCAAUGUCAAAUGUUUUCUUUUUGAAGAUGUCUUAUGCUGUAUAUAAGUAUUCCUUGGAUAUAUUAUUGUAAUUUAUUCUAUGGUGUUAAUAUUGUACAGCUGUAAGUUAAUGAGAGAUUUUAAAGCAAAAUAAAUUU